CAGCGUCAUCGUUGUAUGACGUCAUGCAUGACGUCACUGCCGAAAGCCAUGAUUUGGGAUUCUGGAAGGGAGGUCGUCCGGUGGCAACUCCCUGCCUUGGGCAGGGACACCUGCCGCCAGGCCAGGUUGCUUCAAGCCCCAUCCAACCUGGCCUUGGACACUCCCAGGGAUCCAGGGGCAGCCACAGCUUCUCUGGGAAAUCAAUUCCCAUGCUUCACCACCCUCACAGUAAAGAAUUUCUCCCUAAUAUCCCAUCUAAAUUUCCCCUUUUCCACUUUGGAGCCAUUCCCCCUUGUGCUGAACCACCAGGCCCUUGUCCCAAGUACCUCUCCAGCUCUCCUGGAGCACCUUUAGGCACUACAAGGAGCUCUGAGGUCUCCCUGGAGCCUUCCCUUCUCCAGGCUGGACUCCCCCAGCUCUCUCCCAGCCUGUCCCCAGCCCUUGGAGCAUCUCCAUGGCCUCCUCUGGCCCUGUUCCAGCAGCUCCAUGUCCUUCCCAUGCCAAGGACUCCAGAGCUGGGCACAGUGCUCCAGGUGGGAUGUCACCUAAGCAGGGCAGGGCAGGGCAGGAUAAUCCUUCCUUGCCUGCUGCCCUCGCUGCCGGUGGCACAGCCAGGGACACCACUGGCUUUCUGGGCUGCCGGGUCAUAUCCAGCCUUGCAUCCCCCAGCACCCCCAAAUCCCUCUCCUCUGGGCUGCUCUCCAUCCCAUCACCCCCAUCCUGCACUGAUCCCGGCAGUUGUCCUGAUCCCUGUGCCAACUCUGCCCUUGGCCUCCUUGACCACCAUGAGGUCCCCAUGGGCCGACCUUUGUCCAGCCCCCCUGGAUGCCAUCCCAUCCUUCCAAAGUGUCACACACUCUCCUGGUGCAGCUCCAUGUCCCCCCAGUGUCCCCUGCUGCACUCCUGUGUCUCCUUCUCAGUGCCCCCAGAGCAUCCCCCAGUGUUCUCAGAAUCCCCGUUGUCCCCACCGGUCCCCCUGGUACAUCCCCUGUUUUUCCCAUCUCCUGUUUUCCAGAGCAGCCCCAGCGUAUCCCCUGGUGCCUCCCGUGUGUCCCUCCCGGUGCUCCAGAGCAUCCCUCGGUGUCCCCAUCGGUCCCACUUGCCCCGUGUCCCUCACGGAGCUCCCCUACAAUUCCCCACGGUGCCCCGGAGCAUCCCUCGGUUCAUCCCCUGCUGCAUGCCCGGUGUAUCCCGGGUUCUCCCUCCUCUAUGCACUCCGGUGUCCCUCUCCCGGUGCUCCGGAGCGUUCCCCAGUGUUCUCGCCCGUUCCCCCGGUGCUUCUCCCAUGUCCCCACCCCGUUUCCCAACAGCAUCCCCCGGUGCCGCCCCGCACCCGGUGCAUCCCCGCUGCACUCCCGGUGCUCCCUCCCCCGCAUCCCCGGUGUCCCCUCCCCGUUCCCCACAGCAUCCCCCGGUCCCCCCCCACACUCCCCGGUGCCCCCUCCCGCCGCCGCCGCCCUCGCCCCGCCCCGGUGCAUCCCCCGGUGCCAGCCCGGCCCGGCGCGGCGGCGGCGCAGCUCCGGUGCGGCCCCGGUGCCCGGGCCCGCCAUGGCCAAGCAGUACGACGUGCUGUUCCGGCUGCUGCUGCUCGGGGACUCGGGCGUGGGCAAGACCUGCCUGCUCUGCCGGUUCACCGACAACCAGUUCCACCCCGCCCACAUCUCCACCAUCGGCCUGGCACCCGGUGUGGGCACCAGCACCGGGCCACGGCGGGGCUUGGGGUGGGCCAGGAGGGAACCGGAGCGCCCCCGGUGACAGCAGCUCCAGCGGUGGGGAACACCGGGACACCCCCAUCCCCUCUCCCGUCCCCGUCCCAGGUGUCGACUUCAAGAUGAAGACGAUCGAGGUGGACGGGAUCAAGGUGCGGAUACAGAUCUGGGACACGGCCGGCCAGGAGCGGUACCAGACCAUCACCAAGCAGUACUACCGGCGGGCACAGGUACGG